AAAACGAAACAGAAAGCAGAGGCAGCUGUCUUGUGACACAGUCGGGGCUGUAGAAUCAGAACCCAGACAGCAUAAGACGAGGUAGCAGCCACAGAUCGGCUCAGCUCAGCAGAGCGGCACCUCAGCCUGAUCCAACUUUUUUCAACUUUGCAUCCAGAUGGGAAGCCUAUUCAGAACAAUGGCCACCCACUGUGUGUCUCCUCAGAAGCCUGUUGUGAAGAAGACCUCUAAGGGGAGCUACAAGAAGCAGUAAGCACAAAGCAGAAGCCUGCAAGAUAUCACUGAGGAAAGUCCUUAUUUCUGGGACAGGAGCAGGGAAUCAGGCUUUCGAGGCAAUCUGAGAGAGGAGCAAGAAGGAAGGCAAUCACAAGACUCAGAGGCAUCCCCACAGUGGGCCUUACAGUAGUAUCAAGAAUGCACGCAGGCACCAGAAUGGGUCUGCUGCAACAGAGGUGCACUGGGCACCUGCUCUUCAAGUUGAUCCUACUCGAGGCUGCUGGAACUGUGGUCUUGAUGCUCUAUGCACUGCUGUGGGAAGCUGGGAACCUGGUCAACCUUCCUGACAAAUGCAUUGGCUUUUACAACUUCUGUGUGUGGAAUAAGACAGCUGAGAAGCUGCAGUGUCUGGAGUACAAGGAUCUGCAGGUGAUAGGCAUCAGCCCACUGGGAAUGGUGCUAGCCUUGGUUUGUGUGUAUUCUUGUCUGGUCUUCAGCAUCUUCUACUUCAUUUUUCUUGCACUUUUCUCAGAGGAGAGAGAGGGAUGGAAGGAGAUCCGCAUUGUACUCAUCAUCAAGACAACAAUUCUGUUUGGAGGCCUGGUUACAUAUCUUUUCCAAAUCUCAGAGUGGAUUGAGCUCUCUGAUUUCACUGGGGGCUUCCUGGCACUGCUUGGCACUCAGGCUCUGCUACUGCUCCAGAUUCUCACAGCCACUAUGUACCUCAGGUGGGCCAAGCACACACACCUGUGUCAAAGCCCUUUUACUGAGGAGGCUCUGCUCAUUGGAAUUUGACAGUAAAGAUGAUGCAAGACCUAUUGAUAGCCUGAUUUAAAAUAGUAAUCCCACUACAGCUUUAUUUACUGGCAGAAAUUUGAUCCUUAGUCCAAAGGCCCGUGUCCAGCCAUGAUCUGACGCAUGGCUGUGUGUAGCGCUCCUGCAGCAAGCAGGCAGCAGACACCAUCACCCACCACACAAUAUACAAGCUUCCAGGGAAUAGCGGUGUGUAACACCACCCCUUGGCCUAGGGCACAGCAUCAAAGCAACAGUGUUCCCAGCCCUGACCCAGAGGACAGUGAAGGAGACCCAUCAGUACGCAGCAUACAGCAGACACAGCCCCCUGGCUAUUGCUAGCCUAAAUACAGGCAGGCAGAGAAGCAAACAGGCUUCUGUUCUUGGGGUUGCCCGAAGGCACUCUGCUCUUUUGGAUGCCUUUGAGGCAAUUGUGACUUGAGGAUCUGUGGCUUCAUGCUGCCCUUACAGCACUGGCAGCUCCAGAGGGGAUGGAGUCUCUCUGCCAUGGCAGUGCAGAGCAGAGUUCCAUGACAUGUCUGUAACUUCACACAGAAAAGUGCCUGCUUUCCCCAGCAGUGCACUUCAGAGACAUGAAGGUUAAUUUUCUCUCCUGCUGCAGUCUUGUUGGGGAUGUGGCUAGUGAUGCUGGUUUGACUGAUUCUUCAUUUCAAUAAAGUCUCUUGUGCAUGUCCCAGCCUCGUGUGGCU